AUGCACGCCGCGCCGGGGCGCCAGGGACGCAAAGAGGAGCGAGCUCGCAGGGUGCGGCGGCCGGGGGUUUGCAGCUCGUCGGAGGAAAAAUUUGGAGCUGAAAGCAGGCCAAUGGGCUGGGCCAGCAAUAUGCUUGAACAGCAGAAGAGUUCAAGCACUGGAGACCGCACUGAACUGGUGCUCAGAUUGACAGAUUCCCCGGGCCGUCCUCCCUCCUCUUCAGCCAUCGGUGGUCGGAGACUGCACGACGACGAGCAGAGAAGCUCCCAUGGCGGAGGCAGCACCAGAGCCGCGGAGCCCCGCAACUCUCCGCCCCGUCCGCUGUAUCGUGAAGCUAGGUGCUCUGUCCUCAGCCGCGGAGCGGCCAUCACAAACAAGGGGGAGCUGGAGAGCAUCGAUGAGGGGAGCCUGCGUUCUUCGUGCGCGCAGCUGCGGCAGGCCAUGUCCGGCGACGCCACACCGGGGAAGGUCAUGGGGAUGGACUGGAGCAGGAGGCCCGGCGAUCCGGCCGACCCGGCCGUGGACACGGAGGGGUUCAGGGACAUGGCUGGGCUGGGGAUCGACACCAACUUCAUCGUCGUCCACGGUGCCGGUUCUUUUGGUCACUUCCAAGCAAGUAGAUCUGGAGUCCAUAAAGGAGGGUUGCAUACAACACUGGUGAAGGCUGGCUUUGUGGCUACCAGAAUUUCAGUUACUUCUCUCAACCAAGAAGUCGUUAGAGCCUUGGCAAGAGGUACACUACAUGGAAAUGAAGACUACUGCACUUUAUGCUAAUAACUCAGCUACAUGCUUACUAUG